AUGGCCGUCCCCACACCUACUCUCACCGCGUCGACCUCGAUGGCUUCGCUCUACACUGUCGCUACCGCCUCUCUUAAUCCUCUCAAAGACUCUUUUUCUUUCACCCCUUCGCGCCCUCCCCGCUCUAUCAAACGGGAGCCUACCUUUUACUCUGACGAGGACGUCUUUGAUCCUCCUCCUCCUAUCCAACUCGAAGCCAGCCGCCGCUCAUCGACCGACUCGGCAUGUGCCACCUCGGCUGAGUUGGGUCGUCGCCAACCUGGUCUCUCCCAGCUCUCCCUCACCCUUCCCCUUUUCACCCAGACGUCGAUGGGACCGGCGUCUCCAGACUCCCCCACUAUCCAUACGCCAAACACACCCGAGUUCCGCGGCCGUUCAUCGUCGACAUCCACGAGGACCAGUAGGCGCAAGCCAGUGCCAUCUGACAUGGACAUUGAGGGAUCAAUGCUGCACGUCGAUCUUGUCGCUCUACUGGAAGACGCACGUAAGAGGGAACAGCGCCACCCACGCCCAAGCGUGUCUUCCAUGUCUGCGCUUUCCAUGAACUCGCUCGGACCUAUCGGAGCCAGUACACCCAUGAGUGGCACGUUUUCAUCAUCAGAGGGCAUGGGCGACAGCAUCCCCAACUCGACGCGGCACGUCCUCACCAUCGACCCACCCAUGCCUGAGCUGCGCCAUUCCUCCUCAGAGGUCGGUUACAAUCUGGCCCAAUCUCCUGGCCGGAGGGCCAGCGAAGCAAUUGUCACUUUCCCGUCGUCAGUUACUUUCCCGUCGUCAGACCCGACGGACGAGAACCAGACAUACAUGAGCUACUCGGGGCGCGACAGCAUUGUGCCAGUCUCCCCAGGUGCCGCGUUCAACAUCCCUCUCCCCUCCACGGCUGUUGUACACUCUUCUGCCUCGAGCCAGCACUCGUCCCACCACUCUAGGCACCACUCGCGCACCCGAUCCUUUGCGUCCCAGACCCGCGCACGAGGAAACGCCAAUCAGCGGUCGUACUCUACGUACCCGCCGCCGCAAAUGCACUCUACGUACCCACCACCGUCGGCCGUCUCUGACUAUUCCGUUCCAACCACCUCACCCACAGCCGUGAGCGGCUCACCCUCAUCGGGCUCGGGGCCGUUUGGCAACUCGACCACCAACCGUUCACCGGGGUACCAGUACCAGUACCAGUAUGCAUACGCCCUCCCGCCAACGGCGCCUACGCCUCUGCCACUGCAAAGGGACGAGUCGCCUAUUGAGCAGCCCAUCUACAUUCACAAGCGCGGUGGGGGUCCGUUCGAGUGGGUCAAGAUGCUGUGGUACUUGGGGUUCAUUUUCCCGCCCUGCUGGAUUGCAGGCAUGUUUCUGCUUAGAAGGAUUGAAGACCUCGACUACAACUUUGAGGCCAAGACCGUCGAUGAGGAAGAGGAGAUGAAGGCGUAUUGCGAGUCCGAAAUCUUCUACUCGCGCCGCUGUACCAUGGCCAUUGGUGUUCUCUCCAUCGUCAUUGCCGUAGCGGCAUGUACCGUCGCCACCGUUCUCAUGGCCACCGGGAAGAACUACAAUGCCGCCUAA